AUGAACUCUACUAUAGCUCUAGAGGAAUCUUCAAAUGAAUUAUUCCCAAUUAUUUUGCUGACUAUAAAACUUGGUCUAAAUUCGAUUGGUCUAUUUUUGAAUUGUGUAUUAUUAUGGUUGAUUUUGGUGAAUUGUCGGAAUAUGUACAAAACUUUGAGCAUUCUUUUGAUCUACACAUUAUUUAAUGAUAUGACGAUUUCGAUUACGAUGUUAUUAGAAGUUAAGAGGUUAGUUAGUUCGACUAAAUGACAUUUUCAGGUUUUUUAAGCAAAUGAGUUGAAAUAUUGGGUUUUAAUUUUAUUCAUAUGAUAGAAUGGUCUAAGACGAACAGAAUGAUAUAAAUUUUGAUGACUUUACGUUAAUCAUAAGGGAUUUAGCGAGGUUUAGUCGAUAAGCCGCUAAAUCACUUAUGGCUAACGUAAAUUCAUCAAAAUUUAUAUCAUUCUGUUCGCCUUGGACCAUUCUAUCAUAUGAAUAACAUUAAAACCCAAUAUUUCAACUCAUUUGCUUAACAAGGGAACCUUUUUUACUCAACACUUCAAAUCAUGAUGAAAUUUGGUUUAUGGACAGCUUUUGGGGCCAUAAGAACACCCUAAAAAUUUAAGUCUCCCAAUGGACCUCUGAGCCAAGUUCUGGGCUCUCAAAAACUCAAAAAAGGCCUAAAAAUGGUCAUAAAAGUCAUCAUAGCUCCAUUUCAAAAUUUUUUUCGGUGGAAAUGAAGUUUCAGAUAUUGAUCAGCAUAGUCGAUUUACUAAAAAUACAUCAAUAAAAAACUUUAUUUCGAAAAAUUUUGAAGUUUUUUAUUUUUGGGCUGAAAAUUCAGGAAAAUUCAUAUGUACCCCUGCUCAUUCUUUUUUUCAAAAUCAGAAAUUUUUCUGAAAAUUCGAUUUAUUGAUGGUUUUUGGCUAAAUCGACCACGCUGAUCAUCAUAUGCUACUUAUUUUUUCAUAAAAUUGAUUGAGAAUUGAGUUAUGACGUGUUUUAUGAGCCAAUUUUGGCAAUUUUUGAACUUUUGAGAGCCCAGAACUUGGCUCAGAGGUCCAUUGGGAGACUAAAAUUUUUAGGGUGUUCUUAUGGCCCCAAAAGCUGUCCAUAAACCAAAUUUCAUCAUGAUUUGAAGUGUUGAGUAAAAAAGGUUUCCUUGUAAAAAACCUGAAAAUGUCAUUUAGUCGAUGUCCAACUAUAAUUAGAAUAGCGAAAAAACUCACAUAUUUUUCUUUAGACUAGUUAUCUGCCACGAGACAUAUGUUAUGGUAUAUUAUGGUCCAUGCAACCUAAUUUCUCCAUAUUUUUGUCACGCUUUGGAAGGAAUUCACAUUCACGCCCUACAAAAUUGGAUUUUGUCGCAGAUUUUAUUGAUUGCUUUUCGAACAUCUGUUUUGAGAUCGACUUCUUCGAAAAGAUUUUUGUCAAUUGAGCGAACUUUUGAGCUAUUGUUUGAUGGCGUAUUUACCGGGAUUAGUGACAGUGGUAAGUAGGAUUUUUUUGAACAAGGAACUAUGUAUAGUUCACGAUUCAAAAAUAGCUGGAAAUAAUAGUUAAUCUCUUAUUUUCUCAUAGAUCAUUUUUCUUUUGAAACGUGAACUAUAAACUCAGAAAACCAUUUCAUAAAAAUUCUAGAUCUGGUUCCUAGUCCAAUUCGAAGACAGUUCUCCCCUCGUAAAUUCUCUUCAAAAAUGCACAUCAGAAAUAUUCACUCAUUCAACAAUAUCUGGCUAUGAAUCAUAUCACAAAUCUCCAAUGCCAUAUGCAAUGGCUCUUCUAAUCCUUCCAAAUAUUCCCCAUUAUUUCCUAGCUUUUUGCUUCCGCCACAAACAAAAUCAUGACUUAAAGCGUCGAAGUUUAUCAACAAGCACUUUAAAAAUGCACUCAACACUUCGAAAAAUCUCAACUCUCAAAGCAUUCUUGCCACUUUUCCUAUUUUUCGAUGUUAUGAUUUAUACAUUAUGUCAACUUGAAUUAUUACCUCCGCAAAUGAGCCAAUAUUUUCUGGGAACUAUUUCGAGUUCUAUUAAUAUUCUCAAUCCACUGAUUGCUAUAAUGUGCUUUAGGCCGUAUAGAGGAACUGUGAAAGCGACAUGGCGAAAAUGGACUACGUAAGUUUUAGAGGAAGUUUUCUGGAGAAAAAUGCAUAUUUUUCAGAAAAUUAUCAAGAUCUCAACACAAAGUGAUAUUCAGUGAAGAAGAAGAGGUGGAAGCUGUCAGUUUAUAA